ACUUUUACCCGGAUGUUGAUGGUUUUUUGCGGCUGAUUGUAAGGAUGGCGGACAUGGAUGAGCUGUUCGGCAGUGAUGGAGACAGCGACAAUGAGCAACGAGAUUCUGGCUCUGGUUCUGGCUCAGGCUCUGAUUCGGAGCAUGAGAGACCCAGGUCUGCCAGCAAUGCUUCAGGCAGUGAGAGCGAGAGGGAUCAUGAUGAAGAUGAGGAUGGGGGAAAGCCGAGCAAUAAAGAACUGUUUGGAGAUGACAGCGAAGAUGAGCGUGGGAGCCAACACAGCGGCAGUCAAUCAGAGCGAUCAGGCAACCAAUCAGAUGCAACUAUGCACUCGGACAAUGAGCACAGCGGGUCCGAACGGCAUCACGACGAGGAGGAUGAUGACGAUGAAGAAAGGGGUCACGGUUCAGAUGUAGGGAGCCCGGCCUCAGGGGCUGGCAGUCACCGGUCAGGCAGUCAUCAUUCAGGCAGUCACCGGUCAGGCAGUCAUCAUUCAGGCAGUCAUCAUUCAGGCAGUCACCGGUCAGGCAGUCACCAGUCAGGCAGUCACCGGUCUGAUAGAGGAAGCGGAAGUCCGGGCUCAGAAGGUGGCAGCCCUCGCUCAGAACCAGGGAGUGGUCACUCGGAUCCAGGCACACCUCAUUCAGAUGGAGAGGGGUCAGGAAAAGAAGUCCAGUCUGGUGAUGAGAAGUGGGAUGGGGAUGGAAAGAGUGACCAAUCAGAAGAUGAAGAGAAACAGCAGAACUCCGAUGACGAGAGGGAGCGUUCUGAUGAUGAAGUGAUGAGGCGGAAAUCUGGGUCUGUGAAGGGCAGUGACAGCGAGGACGACUUCACAAGAAGAAAAAAGAAAAAAAUACCUUCAGACUCUGAUUCAGAUUCUGAUUCGGGAACACAUGGUAAGAAACCAGCAGCAAAUGACCUGUUUGGAGAAGCAGAUGAUAUUUCAUCAGACAGCGAUGCAGAGAAACCCCCUACACCUGGACAACCAUUAGACGGCGAGGAUGGUAUGGAGGGCGAUCAGCCUGAGGAAGAGCCUGUUCCAGAGACCAGGAUUGAAGUUGAGAUUCCUAAAGUCAGCACGGAUCUGGGAAGUGAACUCUUCUUCGUCAAAUUACCCAACUUCCUCAGUGUGGAGCCCAGACCCUUUGAUCCUCAGUAUUACGAAGAUGAGUUUGAGGAUGAAGAGAUGUUAGAUGAGGAAGGGCGAACACGUCUGAAGCUGAAAGUGGAGAACACCAUCAGGUGGCGCUCUCGCCGCGACGAAGAGGGCAAUGAAGUUAAGGAGAGCAAUGCACGUAUUGUCAAAUGGUCUGAUGGCAGCAUGUCUCUGCACCUGGGCAAUGAGGUCUUUGAUGUGUAUAAAGCUCCGCUGCAGGGUGACCACAACCAUCUGUUCAUCCGACAGGGUACAGGACUGCAAGGACAGGCUGUGUUCAAGACCAAACUCACCUUCAGACCUCACUCCACAGACAGCGCCACUCAUAGGAAGAUGACUCUUUCUUUGGCUGACCGCUGCUCAAAGACACAGAAGAUCCGCAUCCUGCCAAUGGCCGGCAGAGACCCAGAGUCCCAAAGAAAUGAGAUGAUCAAGAAAGAGGAGGAGAGGUUACGAGCGUCCAUCCGCCGCGAGUCCCAGCAGAGGCGCAUGAGAGAGAAACAGCAUCAGCGCGGUCUGAACGCUGGAUAUUUGGAGCCUGACCGCUAUGAUGAGGAUGAGGAGGGUGAAGAGUCCAUCAGCCUGGCUGCCAUCAAGAGCAAAUACAAGGGCGGCGGUCUGAGGGAGGAACGUGCAAGGAUCUAUUCAUCAGACAGCGAUGAAGGUUCUGAUGAAGACAAAGCCCAGCGGCUGAUGAAGGCCAAGAGAUUGGAUGAUGACGAGGAUGAGGAGGGUGAAAACUCUGGAAAGAGAAAGGCAGAAGAAGAUGAGGAGUCUGCUGCCAAGAAACAGAAAAAAUAUGUCAUCAGUGAUGAAGAGGAGGAAGACGAUGAGUGAUAUUUUUUACCUUUUUUCUGUAAUUGGUUGAUCAGAAUAAACUAGGUAUCCAGUGUCCAGAAAGAUACCGUUUGUUGUACACUUUGUUUAUAUAGUUUAUAAAGUAACAAUUCUCAUCAUUACAACACAUCAAUAAAGAACUGUUAUUAAAA